GUGGGUCCGUUAUCAGUAGAAAACCGCGAGAACCAGAUUUUUCAGCCAUUAUUUUUUCUUGAUUAGUUCAACGAGAAUCAGAGGCAUUUCAAAAUUCAACGUGAAGAUGGAGAUGCAUAUUGAGUUUGUGCUCUGUUUACUCUUAGUGUUCGCGCCAUGGAGCAUUUACUCCGACGAACGACUAUUCGUUGGCAUGACUCUGGUUCCAGACGCCGCGGCUCGUGGCGCCGUUUGUUUGGAUGGAAGUUUGCCCGCGUAUCAUCUGCACAGAGGAUUCGGCGCUGGAUCGAACAACUGGAUUCUACAGUUUGAGAGUGGUGGUUGGUGUAAUGAUAUGUCAUCGUGCCUGGAAAGAGCCAACACCCGCCGUGGAUCAACCCGUUACAUGAGCAAGUUUGCAGUCUUCUCUGGCAUCUUAAGCAACAAUGCCUCCCUAAAUCCAGGUGCAUUUCACAUCCUAUUUCUCAUUUCCCAUAUUAAUUGA